UGGGAAAACUGUACUGCGCAUGCGCGUGGUGCGGCUACAGUCAGCGACUGAACGACGCUCCAUUGGGGAACUAAGAGCGCUGGACAAAGACACAAAAUGCAGUUUUGAGACUCGAACGUCGCGUAUUACGCUGGAGAUGUAAUAAGGAGUGUGUGACCGUUGAAUUAGUGCCUAUGUGACAUGCUGGCCUGUCUGCCGGUAUCAGCCCCCUGUCUCCAGCUUCUCACCCACACGCAGAUGAACACUGGACCUCAGAAAUGGGACACUACACAGAAGAUGCGAUCUGCACAGUAUCCCACGCCAGCAGAGUUGGAUGCCUAUGCUAAAAAAGUUGCAAACAACCCGCUGACUAUAAAAAUCUUUCCCAGUAACGUGAAAGUACCUCAGAGGAAGCACCUGCGCCGUACAGUGAACGGUCUGGACACCUCUAGCCAGCGCUACAGCCCCUACCCUACUCAGGUCAGCACCAGGACUGGCCUUUUGGCCGUAGUCAAAGUUCCCGUUAAAAGAAUCCUGGAGCAUCCUCAAGUCCGCUUCGUCCCUGAGAUCGCCAUGAACCCACAGAACGGACCCUACGGCACUCCAAGCACUUUAAACCUGCCUCAGACUCUUCCGUGCAUGCAGGCUCUCUCUCAGCCACAGCUUUUGGCUCGGAAGAACAUGCCCCAUUCUCAGAGCCUGCAGACUCAGAAGAACCUCUUUCAUUCUCAGAGCAUGCAAACCCAGAAGAACCAUCUGCGUUCUCAGAGCCUGCAACCCCAACAGGCCCUUCCACGCCCCCAGGGCAUGCAGGAACAGAAGGCUGUCGUGCCUCACCCUCCCAGUUUACUACAGCAGCAAAGCCUGGGCCAUCAGCAAGCAGUCCAUCCUGGCCUGCCUAGACAACAGACUGUGCAACAACGUGCUCUCAACCAUCAACAUGUUCUCAUGCAGCAGCAAUCAGGUGCUCAGAACCUCCAUCACCUGCCUGAAAUGCCUCAGUCAGCCGGCCUGCAGCACUCCCACAGUUUCCCACACUCUCAAACCCCCGGCCCAGGCCUUCCACCCCCUAGCAAUGCCAUGUCUGGUGCCAAGCUCUCCGAUGCAGACGCCCCACCCAACGUAACUGUGUCUACCUCAACCAUCCCUCUAUCCAUGGCAGCCAGCUUGCACCAGAAGCAGCCUAGCGACCUGAGCAGCAUCGUUCACCAGAUCAGCCGCUUCUGCCAGGCACGAGCCAGUGCCAGUGCCACAUCGGUGUGCGAAGGCCAGAUCGCCAACCCAAGCCCCAUCAGCCGUAACCUGUUGAUCGAUGCCAGCUCUCGCGUGUGUGCUCAUAACCCUCUGCCCUCCUGUGCCCUUGCCAGCACCGCUGACAAAGCUGCUAUGACGUUGCCCAAUAUGGCUCCCAUGAACAUGAGACAUGCUUAUCACGAUAUGAAACAGCAGCCGGCUCAGCCCCACUUACCACAGCAGCACCCCUGGAAUCAGCAGCUGUCUCACCUCCAGUCUCUCUCAGAUGGCGCUCAGCAAGGGAAGAACCCAGCCAGAGAUGGUACAGCAGGGCCUGGCUUUCCCAGCAAGAAUAUGAGCUACGCACAGGAGGUGUGUAUGGGCCAGUCAUUUAAUCUGAAGACCCCUAUAGACAAGCCCACGCCUUCACCUCCCGUCACUGCCAUGUCCGGAGCGGUGAAUUACAGCAACGGGCAUUACGUGCAGCCACCGUGGAAUGGCAUCUUGCCUACACCCAAUAGUGACGGCUCAGGUUCUCAAGAGCUGGGCGUCACGUUCCACACAGGCAUGUCGGGGGCGUCCAUAGAAAACAGGACUCGAGCGGGCAACGCGGGCCAGAUGAACCUGAUGCCACCCGUGGAGUAUGUGGGUGGAGAUUACCAGGCCCCAUGCUUUCGAGAGCAGAACACGGGCAUGAUCCUGAAGAUGAGCAGGGCUCAAGAUUCAAAUAAUAGUCGCAAUGUGCACAUUCACCACCCAGGGUACAGAUGAGUAACGGUCUGUUUAACCGAGUCAUCCUUCAGUGUUAGACUCAAGUAUAAGAAACACAUCUCUGCUCCUCGUUCUUUUGUUUCCAGUCUCACAAGUGAUCUACUGUAUGUUUUCCCCCAAUACGUCAUGGCCAUCAGUUUACCCAGUUUAACCCUGUGCAAGGUUUUAAAUGCUCUUCUUUUUGUGUAGAUUACAGUAGAUUAUGAAUCAGUCUAUGGGGGGCGGGGUACAUCUAUAUAGAAAUCUGUGUAAAUCCAAUAUUUAUUUGCUGUCACAGCUGUUGAAAACAUCUGUUUGAGUGUUUGUUUUUGUUUCUUCUCUUUCUUCACUUUAUGUUCUACAGUUUCAUCUAGACCUACUCAUCAAUCAAUGCAGUAUAUGUCAGAGGUGUGACAUGCUGUAUUUCUUCCAGUUUAUUUUGGUGUCGUUUACUUGUUUUGUUUUUUUUUUAAUUAUUAUUAGAAGUGCUAAUACUGAUGGGCCACACCCCCAGCUUACUGAAGGAAUUAUAGAGGUGCCAUGUUUCUAAAAAUGUGAGACUGUUUCCUUCUGUGCCACGCUCUGGCAUUUCUGGCACAGGGAUCAGAUGUUCCCUUUCAAUGUUUACAUGUUAAUUUGCACUUGUAACUUUGAAUCAGUAAAAAGUGCAGAUCAACGCGGGGUUAUGCACCUACGACGAGACUGUUUCUUGAUGUCGAUGUUCAUAAAUCGGCCUCCAGACUCUGAUUGGACUGUUACUGUAAGGCUUUCUCAGUGUGAAUAUAUUUCCUGUCUUGUGUCAGCCAACAUGGUUUCCCUCUGUGAUCGGUGUUCGCGUUUCACUUUAUUGAAUAUGGCAUAAGGUUUAGUUCUAGGUCUUGUCCGUCUGUCAUGAAGUAAUCACAUCCUGGGAUCCCUGGAGUUUCUUUUAAACCGGUGCACGUUGUGCAUAGUUUAGUCUUUUUUUGUGUGCGUCGAUUUUGGAAUACUUGAGUUUCUGAGAUGUUAUGUUAAAACUAGUUCACUACAGGACUUUUAAAACUCUUCAGGCUACGUGAACCCGAUCAGGAUCUGCCUCUCCCUUUCAAAACCCCAUCGAAGUAUGUGUAUGUGUGGAAAGAACGAGGUGAUCAGCCUGAUGUUUAUUUAGUACAUGUGCACUCAGGCUAGCCCUUUUGAAACCCUUCCAUUUCAUGGUCAUUUUUCUUGGUCUUGUCCAUGGGAUUUAAACCUUACUCGAGCAUUAAUGGAUCACUCGCAAAUUUUAUGGCAAUAUAAAAGAGGACCAGAGGCUAAAUGUGAUGUGAUAUGAACACCUGCCUCAUUGCUGUACUGCUGUAAUUGAAGGCUGUGAUAAGCCUUGUGCAACUAUGGCGAUGGUGUGGACUGGACUGCAUGUUUGCUCCAUCAGUAACCCCAUUGUUCUUCUUCUUCUUUCUUUCUUUAUUUUUGGUCAGCAACUAAUGAUCUGUAAACGUAAACAGGUUUUGAUAUUUGUUGCUGAUACUGGAGAGGUCUCAACUCAGGUACCAUUUGAGUUUUAACCUGACGAGUACUACCAGUAAAAAUGAUUUUCAGAACUACAAAAGUAAAUUCAUAUUCCGGGGGGAGGGGAUAAAAACUACAGCAGGUUGUAGUUACAUAUUCGAUCGAUUACUUGGAACUUACUUUAAAUGGUGUCCGCUGCUUUUGGGAAUAGUCUUGUAUGCCGAGUGCCUCCCUUUCUCAGGUCUACUGGUGCCUCCUUACAUGUCAUCUUCCCACUUCAUACAUAUUACAGUGUCUGUUCAUAUUUUUUUUUAUGUUUCUAGUGACGUUGGACGUACUGUACGUAUGCGAGCAGGCCAUCUGGUAGCAGACUGCAGGUAUUUUUACACCGCACACAGGCUUUGGCGUAACUGAUGGAGCAAACACUGAGCAGUUUGAAGGUGACAUGAAUGACAUGCGGUGUGUUAGCCUCGCUGGUUACCCCUCAAGAGCCUUAAGUAUUUGUUCCUCAGACUGUCUUUGAUAACGAGCAUAGUGAAGAAGAUGCUGAAUUAUGUUUUUAGCUGUUUUAACACCCCCCUCCCCCCCUUUUUUUUUUAUUUAAAAGAAACUUCCUAAGAUGAGGAUUAACUUUUUGUAUUUAGCGAUUUAACUGCGUAUAGCUGUAUACUGUAUAACAGUUGUCAUUUUGCAUUCAGACCAAAAUAAUUUACUUUCCACUGCUAGGUAAUUUAUUGUAUUGGCUUUGUUAUUGCAGCACAACAUUUCAAAGUCCAAGGUCUCUCUCUCUCUCUCUCUCUCUCUCUCACUGUCAUUUGCCAACAGUAACUAAACGAUGCAUCUGAAUUGAACCCGGCUUUGGGACUCGACACAUGCAGAUUGCAGUUACCCAGCCCAGACUUGUGUUGAUUAAUUGUGAAUAGAUUAACUAGUUCUGGGUUGGCUUCUGCCACUUUGUGAUUUCUACUUUUAUUUAUUUUUUUUCCCCCCUUCCCCGAGAAGCUGCUAAUCUAAUUCCAUCCAUAUAUUAAGUUACAGUGAUUUUAAGGGUAGAAGCCAGUUGUAAUUUAUGCUCAUCUUUUUACAAUGCAACGUUGUUAAUGAAUAAGUUCUAAAGUGAAUUAAUACAUUUUGCUUGUCAACUGCUUAUCAUAAUGAAGACAUUGUAAAGCUUGAAGAUUAGAUCUGACACGAUCCUUCAUCCGUGUGUUGUUCCAGCUCCAGGGCACAAAGUCAGGUUGCUCUUUAUAAAAGUUCCUGUUUCUAUGUGAAGUGCCUACACUGGGCGGAUGGGGACUGCGUGUAUAUAUGUGACUGCCUAGGGGUAGAGUGCGCACUACAAAGAUCUGGUGCACUGUUCAUGAGCGGGAGACCAAACUGCGUAAAACUACUGAUGGGAAGAACGGUGCAUGUGUCGCCUCAGGCAUAAAAGCUAUUUCAAUUUGAAUAUUUGCUGCUGAAUCUUUUAGUCUAGGUUAGUAAACCUACGCUGCUGAACUUCUUCUGCCCUUCUGUGGAUCGUUUGAGGAAGUUCUUUAUAUCUUACAGAGCACAUGUACGGUCAAUAGUACAUAACGACGGUUUUUGUUUUGUUUCGGACUCACUCCACGGGGGUUUCAUCUUGUUCUACCAAAGAACAAAAUGCCGCAUGAACGGUAGCAGUGUGCAACUGUAACUUAAAUCUGUCAUUCCAGAUCCCCAUGUUUUUCAGGAAUAAUGUGUUGCACAAACAUUCCCCUCUAACCAAAAUAAAGGUUGACUUGCAUUUGACAA